UUUUAUCUACUCUUCUCCUUGGUCUACUAAUAAUUCUUAUUACUAACUCAAAUUGGUCCAGUUAUAUUGAGUUUCUAGAACCAUUUUGGGUUCUCCUAGUGAUUAAUUCUUUGAUAUGAAAAUUACUCUUUAUUAGUCUUUGUGUAAUUAUUUUUUCUGUGUAGUUUUGAUUCAUUCAGUGUAGUUUUGGCUAAGUUUUAGUUUGGAUUAAGAGGUUAAUCCACCAUGCCUGCUGAAAUUAGUGAUCCAGCCAUCAAGUUGUUUGGAAAGACAAUUCAAGUGCUCACAAAGAAGGAAAUCCAGGCCAAAGAAGAUGUUAGAAGUGAAGGUGCAGCUAAUGAUAAGGAAUUUUCUCACAACUCAAAUUCCAAAGACAACUCAAGCACCAAAGAAAGAACACAUGAUCAUGAACAUGAAGAUCAAGAAGAGCCAGGAGACACAGGUAGCUCCUCAGAGCCAAAGAACAAUCCCACCACGAAUCAGGACACCACAGAAUCACCAGAGCAGGAAGACCCCAUCAAUCCACAAGAAGUAGGAGGAGGAGAAGAGGAAAACCAAGAGCUGGGUAUUGGCCAAGAAAGGACCAAUAAAAAGCCCAGCAAAUUGUUGCCGUGCGCUCGAUGUAACAGCCUCGAAACCAAGUUUUGCUAUUACAACAAUUACAAUGUGAAUCAGCCAAGGCACUUUUGCAAGAGUUGCCAAAGGUAUUGGACAGCAGGUGGAACAAUGAGGAAUGUACCCGUAGGGGCCGGGCGCCGAAAAAACAAGCAUUCCUCCUCCUCUCACUAUCGGCAAAUUCCAUCUUUGACACCAGAUGGCCUUCCUACAAGUUGUUCCAAUAAUUACGAAUCAUCACAUAUAAUCCAAAACGGGGUAGCAAAACCAACAGGUACAGUGCUUAGUUUUGGGUCCGAUAUCCCAUUAUGCGAAUCUGUGGCUUCAGUUUUGAACCUCGCCGAGCACAGAGUGGCAGCGACAAGGAGAAAUGGAUUAAUAAAAGCAGAGGAAGAGAAACCCCAAGAGAAUGGAGAGGACAUAUCAUGUGGCUCUUCUUCUCUGACUUCCACAAAUUCUAUGGACAAGGAGCAAAACCGUGUUCAGUUUCAAGACCCCAAUUAUGCAACUGGGUUCGCUUCUGGUUAUAGUGGAGCUCCAUGGCCUUAUCCAUGGAGUCCAGUUCAAUGGAGCACACCCACCAUAGGAUCCCCUGCUUUUUGUGCUCCAUCUAUUCCACUAUCAUUCUAUCAUGGUUCAUAUUGGGGAUGCAUCCCUGGCGGUUGGCCUGUACCCUGGGUGGCUAAUGGAGAUGGUGGGCUAACAUCUCCUACUUCUUUAUCAAAUAAUUCAUCUUUGAAUUCUCCUACUUUAGGCAAGCAUCCACGAGAUAGAAACUUAGAUAAUCAGAGCAAAACUGAUAGUUGCCUUUGGGUUCCAAAGACACUUAGAAUUGAGGAUUCGGGUGAGGCGGUUAACAGCUCGAUAUGGGCAACUCUUAAAGCAAACAAAGAGAAGGUGGAUACAAUUAGCGGUGGAGGGAUUUUCAAGGCUUUUCACUCGAAGGGUGAUGAUAAGAACCGAUCCAGUGAGGCUUCUCAGGUUCUGCAUGCUAACCCGGCUGCUCUUUCUCGUUCUCAUAACUUUCAUGAGAACUUCUAACCCUUGAAAAUUUGAGCAGUGGAGGACCUGAAAUAUGGUGAAAUCCGGUCAGACAGGGGGCCAAUUUUGAAGGAUAGGGGGGAAGGUAUUUUUAGAGCAACCCCAUUUGUUCCAGUCACUGAAUUUGAGUUACUUGUAUGCAUUACUCAUCAAUGGAGGAGCCAAAUUUAGGGUGAAGUUGAAGUCCUUUUUGGGUGGUUUCAACUCUUAGCCUCUUCAGGACAUGCUAUAGCUCCCUUGAUCACUAUGCUUGAUGGUUUCACGAGUUUUUUGUACAUAGACAUGUAUAUAGGAGAGAGAGCGAGAGAGAGAGAGAGUCUCUGAGACAUUGAACUGAUAUGUAACCUGAUUAGCAGAGUGUAAACUGGUUGAAACUAGAGAGUUUGAGAGUCUCUCUCCCAUGUAUCAAACUAAUGUAUAAUGCUGAGUUGGAGAUUGUAAAUUUCAGUGAUGAAUAUGAGCUUCAGUGUGAAUUUCAGUUACAAA